UUCCCUUCGCUGCGUGGCCUUGGGCGAGCCUGGUCCUCUGCGGAGAGGGCCCCGCCCUCUGUGAAGGCCCGCCCGGGAAUUGGCGGCGGCGCUACAGCCAUUUCCGGUUUCGGGGAGGUGGGUGGGGUGCGGAGCGGGACUUGGAGUCGCGGCCGCCGCUGCCACCGCCCACAGAGCCUGCCUUGCGCCUGGUGCUGCCAGUAAGAUGCGGCCGGAGCCCGGAGGCUGCUGCUGCCGCCGCACGGUGCGGGCGAAUGGCUGCGUGGCGAACGGGGAAGUACGGAACGGGUACGUGAGGAGCAGCGCUGCAGCCGCAGCCGCAGCCGCAGCCGCCGCCGGCCAGAUCCAUCAUGUUACACAAAAUGGAGGACUAUAUAAAAGACCGUUUAAUGAAGCUUUUGAAGAAACACCAAUGCUGGUUGCUGUGCUCACAUAUGUGGGGUAUGGCGUACUCACCCUCUUUGGAUAUCUUCGAGAUUUCUUGAGGUAUUGGAGAAUUGAAAAGUGUCACCAUGCAACAGAAAGAGAAGAACAAAAGGACUUCGUGUCAUUGUAUCAAGAUUUUGAAAACUUUUAUACAAGGAACCUGUACAUGAGGAUAAGAGACAACUGGAAUCGGCCAAUCUGUAGUGUGCCUGGAGCCAGGGUGGACAUCAUGGAGAGACAGUCUCAUGAUUAUAACUGGUCCUUCAAGUAUACAGGGAAUAUAAUAAAAGGUGUUAUAAAUAUGGGUUCCUAUAACUAUCUUGGAUUUGCACGGAAUACUGGAUCAUGUCAAGAAGCAGCCGCCAAAGUCCUAGAGGAGUAUGGAGCUGGAGUGUGCAGUACUCGGCAGGAAAUUGGAAACCUGGACAAGCAUGAAGAACUAGAGGAGCUUGUAGCAAGGUUCUUAGGAGUAGAAGCUGCUAUGGCGUAUGGCAUGGGAUUUGCAACGAAUUCAAUGAACAUUCCUGCUCUUGUUGGCAAAGGUUGCCUGAUUCUGAGUGAUGAACUGAACCAUGCAUCACUGGUUCUGGGAGCCAGACUGUCAGGAGCAACCAUUCGAAUCUUCAAACACAACAAUAUGCAAAGCCUAGAGAAGCUAUUGAAAGAUGCCAUUGUUUAUGGUCAGCCUCGGACACGAAGGCCCUGGAAGAAAAUUCUCAUCCUUGUGGAAGGAAUAUAUAGCAUGGAGGGAUCUAUUGUUCGUCUUCCUGAAGUGAUUGCCCUCAAGAAGAAAUACAAGGCAUACUUGUAUCUGGAUGAGGCUCACAGCAUUGGUGCCCUGGGCCCCACAGGCCGGGGUGUGGUGGAGUACUUUGGCCUGGAUCCCGAGGAUGUGGAUGUUAUGAUGGGAACGUUCACAAAGAGUUUUGGUGCUUCUGGAGGAUAUAUUGGAGGCAAGAAGGAGCUGAUAGACUACCUGCGAACACAUUCUCAUAGUGCAGUGUAUGCCACGUCAUUGUCACCUCCUGUAGUGGAGCAGAUCAUCACCUCCAUGAAGUGCAUCAUGGGGCAGGAUGGCACCAGCCUUGAUGCCACAGGUCAAGAAUUCGGUCAGGGCACAGUAGGGAUGACUUGUCUUUGCUCCGUUGUCUGGGACUGGCCUGGAAGACUCAAGUAUCUGGAAAGACUGAGAUGGUUGGUGGUUGGGAUCGUCUGGAGGCUUCUCCACUCACAUGUCACCUGGGCUGGAGUGACUUGGAGCCAGGCUCAGCUGAGGCUGUUGACCAGAGCACCUUCAUGCAUGUAUCUUUUCCGUGUGGCUUAGGCUCCUCAUGACAUCGUGACUGUGUACCCAGAAAGGAUGCUUCAGAGAGCAAGCAUUCCAAAGAACCUGGCGGAAACCCCAUGACCUUUUCUGACCUGUUGUUAACAAGCAGGUCACUAAGGCCAUCCCAGAUUGAAGGGGCGGGGAACAAGAUUCCACCUCUCCAGUGGAGGCGUGUCAAAGAAUUUGUGGCUGGUUUGUUUUUUUUUUUUUUUUUUGAGAUGGAGUCUCAAAAAUAAGGGGAAGUACCAUGCUCUUUUAAACAACCAGAUCUUGGGAGAACUCAGAGCGAUAACUCACUCAUUACCCAAGGAUGGCAGCAAGCCAUUCACGAGGGAUCCUUCCCAUGAUCCACACACCUCCCACCAGGCCCCACCUCCAUCAUUGGGGAUCACAUUCCAUCCUGAGAUGGACAAACAUCCAAAUCAUGUCAGUGAAUAUAUUGCAUUUAUCAUUAAAACUUUGUUAUUGUUGGAUUCCAGAGUACAUUAAGCACCUGGUAUUGAAAGUAAGGCUUAAACAUGUAUAUGUGGUUGCUUAUUGUUAAAUGUUUUCAUCUUUUUGUGUGAAGAAAUGCUCUUUGGUGAGAGUACAGAGCCUUCAGAAAAGCUGCAGCAUGCAAGGGAAGGUGAGAUCCAGUUUCCACUCGACUUUGUGAGCGCUCCUUUCCCCUUCCUCCCAACUUUUUCCAUAUUUCCCCUCCAGUUUCUAUCCUUUUCCCAAGGAAGAACAGGACAUAUGACUAGGUUGACAGAUAUUGAAAGGCAACUUCACUAGGAUCCCAGGUGAGAUAAUAAUGAAUGGGAAUUGUGCUGCCAGGAUGCCUGUACCUGGAGUGGGAAUACUGAGCACAGGCCAGGGAGUAGAAAAAAUGAGGCCUAGGAAAUUCUGUUAAAUUCCACUAGACAUUUGAAAUUCUCACUUUUACUUUCCACAUCACUAAUCCAUGUCCACUAAUGGAAAUUUAGCUGUAAUAUCUACAUACGAAUCAAGGCAAAAUGUUUGACCAAAUCAACUAAAAUUUUGCUUUUCCAUUUUCCAGAGCUGUGCUUUGAUGUAUUUUAUUUCUGUCCAAAGGUGUAGUUAAUAAUAACAUGCACAGCACCCAGCUUAGUGUGUGACAUCUAGGAUCCUUUCAGUAAAUUUAUUGAAUGACUGAAUGAAUGCACACAUGAUUGGAAAUACCAGAAAAUCAGUGAGUUCUUCAAGUACUUUAUUGUAACAUUGCUUGAAUAGUUGAAUGUUAAGCCAGAAUGACCAAAUAUGGAACCAAAUUAACUAGAUAGGUACAUUUUAAUAGAUAAAUUUUUAAAUAAUGUCAGAACACUUUAUAGAGUUUUGUACUUCUUUGUUUUGAAAGGAACCGGGCCCUUGCAGGCAGCUACUGAUGUAGGAGAAAAAAGACUACCCUGAGCAGAUUGCGGUUUAAUUAAAACUAGGUUUGGCUCAUUUGAAUUAAUUCCAGUAAUAGACUUGUUAAUGAGGUGUUAAAUGAUCACCUUGAGAAUACCAGGGAACUGUCAAAAACUAAUCUAAGAGAACUGAGACACUUAAAAAAAAAAAAAAAAAAAAAGACAUUCCAGGACAGUGCGGUGGCACAUGCCUGGAGUCCCAGCUACUCAGGAGGCUGAGGCAGGAGGAUCGCUUGAGCCCAAGAAUCCUGGGCUGUAGCACACUGUGCCAGAGACGUGUCUGCACCAAGUUCAGCCAUCAGUAUGAUGACCUCCCAGAAGUAGGGGACCACCAGGUUGCCUAAGGAGGGGUGAAUUGGCCCAGGUUGGAAAUGAACGGGUUAAAACUUCCCCUGCUGAUCAGUAGUGGGAUUACGCCUGUGAAUAGCCACUGCACUCCAGCCUGGGCAACAUAGCGAGACCUUGUCUCUUAAAAAAAAAAAAAAAAAAAAAAAAAAAUUCCAAGAUUCCCAUGCAGAAGGGUUAGAAGUGUUGAAAAAACGCAGCCUUGCCGGGAGGGGGUCAUAAAGAGAGACUUUCCUGCCUGUCUUCAGGGCUGACAGCUUUUAACUCUCCCAUCAAGCACCAUAGUUUCUGAGCUCAAGAACGUUUGGGUGUUGACUUUCUUCUUUGUUGUGCUUUAAAGUAAUUUAUUUCACUAUUAGAAAUUCAUUGAAAUAAAAAUUAAGUUUUCUGGUAAGCACAGUUUUGUUCUUACCCACAGUACAGUUUAGCAGUUUAUCUGAUGCUGGGAAUCAGACUUGCUUCCUCCUGUUUUGUGACUUUCUGCCUAAAAUGCUAUUGUUAGGAAAAAAAAAAAAAAAAAACUUGUUUCAGCCGGGUGCGAUGGCUCACACCUGUAAUCCCAGCACUUUGGGAGGCCAAGGCAGGCGGAUCACCUGAGUUCGGGAAUUCAAGACCAGCCUGACCAACAUGGAGAAACCCUGUCUCUAAUAAAAAUACGAAAAUUAGCUGGGCAUGGUGGCGCAUGCCUGUAAUCCCAGCUACUUGGGAGGCUGAGGCAGGAGAAUCGCUUGAACCCAGGAGGUUGCGGUGAGCUGAGAUCGCGCCAUUGCACUCCAACCUGGGCAACAAGAGUGAAACUCCAUCUCCAAAAAAAAAAAUGUUUUACCAUUUGUUAAACACUUACCAAGCAACAAGCAACUACUCUACAUAGUGGUAGAUAUGCUGUGUGGGAGAUGCAGAGUUGAACAAUAGGUGAUCUUUGCCUUUGAAGAAACAGUCCAGUGGUAGGGGUAAGAUUCCCGGGAAGGACUAGUCUCAGAGCCACAGAUAAAUUCUUCCUUUGUUCAGCUUGUCUUUUCUCAAUUUCCUCCUCCAUUCUCUUCUACAACCUCCUCCUUCACUCAGUCCCACUCUCCUAAAACCUUAAACCAGCUAAUUUUUUGAAGCAAACUCAUAUUUUAGAUUUCUUAUAUAAUAACUUUCUAUAUAAAUGAAAUUUUCCGUGGAUACUGUCACUCUAGUAAAUUAUCAGCAAUCAAAGAAAAAGAUUUUCCUUUUUUAAAGUAGCUUCUUGAUUACUGAGCACAAAAGGCCUUUUAACCAGUGGCUUAAGCCUUCUGAAAUCAGCAAGCAAUAUGACCACCUUACAGGUGGAGAAAUUUGAGCUCACAUAUGGGACAAGUUUUCUCAAUAUCUUGUCUCCAACUAGAAUGUAGCUUUUCUAACUCCCUCUGCUUCUACUUCUGAGGUUGCAUGAUGAUAGUUAGCAUUUUAUUAAAAGAGACUAUUUUAUAAUCUGUUUCUAAUUUUCUGCUAAUUUUCCAAAGUUUAAUUGUGAGUAAUCAGCCCAACAAAUGAAAGCUCUUUUGGGCAUUUGCCUCCCUGUUUUCUCUCCAUGGAUCAGUAGCCCUUUCCUCACCUUUCUGCUUCAGAAAUGGAUUCUGAAUACUCAAGAGCUUUUGCAACAUGGUGUGUCUAUUUUUUCUUCCACUGCUAUCUUUUUCUUCCAAAUCCAAAUGCUAUUAAAACUUUCUUGCAACAAGAGCAUUCUCUCCUUUUGUGUCUUGUUUGAGUUAGUUUGAAGCUAGCAAUUAGGAUGCCCAGCGUCUAUUGUUUGUUGAAGAAUAAUUCUAACUUUCUAAACCUUCACAUGAUUGGAAUUGCUUUUCUCCCCCCAGAAUUAUGUCUGAGGGCUUUUUCAUCAAAUAGACUUGAUCCUAGCUGUUUCCCAACUUUAUAGCAGAUACUUAAGCAGAUACUUAAUAUGUAUAAACAAGUGACCUGGUAGAUGGAAUCUGCUCAAAGUAAGAACCUGAUACCUGGCCGGGCGUGAUGGCUCACGCCUGUAAUCCCAGCACUUUGGGAAGCUGAGGCAGGUGGAUCACCUGAGGUCAGGAGUUUGAGACUAGCCUGACCAACGUGGCGAAACCCUUUCUCUACUGAAAAUACAAAAAAAUUUAGCCGGGCAUAGUGGCGCAUGCCUGUAAUCCCAGCUACUUGGGAGGCUGAUGCAGGAGAAUGGCUUGAACCUGGGAGGUGGAGAUUGCAGGGAGCUGAGAUCACGCCAUUGCACUGCAGCCUGGGAGACAAGAGCAAAACUCCAUCUCAAAAAAAAAAAGUGCCUGAUACCCUUCUCAGAGCUUGCCAGAUUUGAAAGCUUUCCAAAAAGGACUUGAUUUUUUUUAAUUGUCACCUAUAGUUUUUCUAAUUAUCUAAAUAUUUUAUUUGUAUCUAUCUCCCUGCUAUCUACUUUGGCAGUAGAGUGAGGUGUUAAAGAAAAAAUUAUUCCUGGCACUUGUGAAACAUUAAGGCAGACUUCCUUCAAGGGGGCCAUGGUAAUAAGCAUAGGGAUGACUGCAAUGGGGUCUUCCAGUGGGGGAGAGAGGGUGGGCUGCAGUCUGACUCCAGUAAGGACAGGUGAGGAUUUACAGCCAAGGAACAGGGUGGGAGUGAGUAGAUAGGAAAAUACUAAGAGGAAACAUCAGGGGUAAGGGGGAUGCUUGCCUUCAGCAUUCUUGUUGAAGGUAGGGCAGGGUGAUAAGAUACCAGGGGUAGUCAUGUAGGGGAUUUUCUGUAAUCUGACUUAGCAGGAUUAUUGCUCAAACUGGAUUCUACAAGAAUGGAGAAGGAGGCCCAACAUCAGGACCUUAUCAGAAAGGACUCCAAGAGGAGCCUGGCUCAAGUUUGGUCAAAGGAGAGAGUCUUGGUCAGAGGUUCAGAAAGACCUCAUUAACAUGAACUCUUUUAAGCCCCUGUUCUCAAACUUUGUCCAUGGACCACCUGCAUCAGAGGUACUUUUAGUACAGUGAUUCAUACCUUGCUUAUACAUAGGAAAGCUUAAAAAAAUAGUGCCAAUGUUAGAGACCUUCUGCAGACCCAUUGAAUAUCUUGAGGCAAGGUCUCCCCGCCAUGGCAUGGUAUUAUUUAAAAGCACCCCAGAUGCUUCUAAUAUAAGGCCCCAGUUCAGAACCACUGCUGCUUGUUAAAAAUGAAGAUUCUAGUUUGUUCCACCCACACUACUGAGUCUUGGUGGAUGAGGCCCUAGAAUAUGCAUUGAAAAGAAAACCUUAGGCUGGAUAUGGUAAUCCUGACAUUUUGUGAUGUAAUGGUAACAUUUUGGGAGGCUGAAGCUGGAGGAUCACUUGAGGUCAGGAGUUUGAGACCAGUCUGGGUGACAUAGUGUGAGUCUCUGUCUCUACAAAAAAUUCUAAAAAUUAGCCAAGUGUGGUGGUGCACGUCUGUAAUCCUAGCUACUUGGGAGGCCAAGGCAGGGGAAUUGCACAAGCCCAGCUAUGAUCACACCACUGCAUUCCAGCUUGGAUGAGAGAAAGAAACCCUAUCUCUAGAAAAUAAAAAAGAGGAUUGUCUUUUUGACAAUCCUCUUUUUUUUCUUUUAACUUGUUUACCUCAGAGAGAACCAAAGCAACUCUACUGAUUGAUGGUAAUUGAAAAAGGAAAAGAAACUGGAAGUCAAGAUAUAAAUGAGGGAAAUGUUUGGCUUGUAAGACAGGCAUUUGGUGGCAGAGCUAAGUUGCCAUUUUUGGUUGUUUCUGGAACUCUUAAAUGCCUGGGAUGCUGACACUCCCUUCCAAACAGCUGAUGAUUCUGGCUGAUUGAAUCAGUGCCAUAGGUGGAGAAGUUAGAAACCAGUUAGGUGCAGGAGGAAAACAGAACUAAGGAUUCAGAGAUCUGUAGUCAUGGUUCCUAAGGCUAGUUGGAAUUAAUUAUUUUUGUUUUACUUUUUUGGGGGGGGGCUACUUGUAUUUUUAUAACCUAUUAAUCCGCAAAUUAUUUAGUACAUAACCUACAAAUGGCCUUGCCCACUAUAAAGUUGUUAAAAUGUUUAGUAUUAAUCGUUUUGUAAAACUCUGAUUGUCUUAUUGUCUUGCCUUCUACCUCUAAAACUGUUAACUUAAAUCCAAGCCAAGCCUUUACCAGAGAUUACCUUUAUUUGCUAGCUGUCUUCAUCUGUGGGUAGAUACAUUACUACAGUGUUCACGUUCCUUAUCUCUUUGUCUCAAAGUAGCCUGUGAUAUGUUCCAGCCCCAACAGAGGACAGUAGAAUAGUCUAUUAAGACUUCCGGAGGCCAAGAUGGGCGGAUCACUUGAGAUCAAGAGUUGGAGACCAGCCUGGCCAACAUAGAAUUGAAACCCUGUCUCUACUAAAAAUACAAAAAUUAGCCGGGUGUGGUGGUGCACGCCUGUAGUCCCAGCUACUCAGGCGGCUGAGGCAGGAAAAUCACUGGAACCCGGGAGGUGGAGGUUGCAGUGAGCUGAGAUCGUGCCACUGCACUCCAGCUCAGGCAACAGAGUGAGACUUGGUCUCAAAAACAAACAAACAAAAGACUUUCUGUCCUGCCUGUGGGUUGGCACCCGUUAAAACUCAGUUCCUUGCUUUUUCACAGGCACUUGGCCUCUUUUCUGCCUUUUGUGGAGGGCCCUCUGUUUCUGGCUGUGCGUUAGCAACCAUUCUUUUAAACUUCUGGUUAUAUUGAAUCAGCAACUUUAAGCUUGCCCCUGCUGCUUGUCGUACAUGCUAUGGCAGUCCUCAGGAAAUCCUAGUUUUUGGCAUUGAAGUGAAUUAAAAGAUUAAGCCACAAGAGGGUGGGGGUGAUAAACCGUACUUUUAAGAGGAAUUUACUGUGCGGUACUUGGUGUUAGCAAAAGCAGUUCUAGUUCUUACAGGGAGAUAGGAAACCAAGGGGCUGCUUUAGAACAGCAUCCCUAGGAUAUGAUGACGCAGAUCUGUCUACUUUGAUGUUCUUUAGCUUGACAGUGGCCCCGGCUGAGCACUUUGAUAUUUGUCGCCAGUCUAGCAAAAUAGGGAUUGUGUCUUUGAGAUGGUAACCUAGUUCCCAUUAUUUUGCUUCAGUGUUAGAAAAUUACUGCACUCUUGCUUCCUGGAAGUUCCUUAUAAAUCUCUCUUUUACAAGUCUGUUCUCUGGGGCACGAAAAUGCCUUCGCUUGUAAAGAGCCUGUUGAAGGUCCAUUUAUUUUCCUUUUCUUAACAGAAAGAUUUUCCAGUGCCAUUUAGUUAGGACUCACGGGAAGCGUGUUGUUAAACUCAGUCUGUCCUGUCUUUUAGCUAAUAUUUCUUUCAUUUUCAUUUUGAGCUUUUAGAUAAGAUUCUUUCUUUCUCUGAGAUAAUGCGAAAAAAAACCACAAAAGAAAUUCAAAUACCAGUAUACUCUGGUUUUUAAAAAUAUCUUCACUGACUUUUUUUUUCUUUACAUGCUCUGCUCUCCCUCUCACCCUACUUCUUUCUUCACUUUUCACUUGGUACUUUAAGAUAUUCUUUGUGAGUUUUUUUGUUUGUUUUUUGGUUUCUUUUUUGGACACAGAGUCUGUCUCACUCUGUUGCCCAGGCUGGAGUGCAGUGGCACAAUCUUGGCUCACUGCAAUCUCUGCUUCCCAGGUUCAAAGCAUUCUCAAUGCCUCAGCUUCCUGAGUAGCUGGGACUGCAGGCGCAUGCCACUAUGCCUGGCUACUCUUUGUAUUUUUAGUAGAGACGGGGUUUCUCCAUGUUGGCCAGGCUGGUGUCGAACUCCUGACCUCAGGUGAUCCACCCGCCUUGGCCUCCCAAAGCACUGGGAUUACAGUCAUGAGCCACUGCACCUGGCCUAGAUAUUCUUAGAUAUAUUCAUGAUGCGCCGGGCGGUGGCUCACGCUUGUAAUCCCAGCACUUUGGGAGGCCGAGGCGGGCGGAUCACGAGGUCAGGAGAUCGAGACCACAGUGAAACCCCGUCUCUACUAAAAAUACAAAAAAUUAGCCGGGCGUGGUGGCGGGCGCCUGUAGUCCCAGCUACUCGGAGAGGCUGAGGCAGGAGAAUGGCGUGAACCCGGGAGGCGGAGCUUGCAGUGAGCCGAGAUUGCGUCACUGCACUCCAGCCUGGGCGACAGAGCGAGACUCCGUCUCAAAAAAAAAAAAAAAAAAAGAUAUAUUCAUGAUGCAUCUCAUCUAGAUACUUGUGAUGAGUAUAUAAUUUACUGACCUGGAAAGUGUUGUGACAAGAGUUUAAAGUGUUAUCUGCUGCCUUCUCCCUCCACUUUAGAGCUGUUAAAGAAAGUGACCAUUGAUCAUUUUAAAAGAUGAGCGAAGGAAAGACUGCUUCUUUUUUAAAAAAGAAAAUUUGAUGACUUAGUGUUAGAACACAUUUUCACAUGACCCCCCCCCCCAAUGGGUGUACGUCUGGAUCAUCCAGUCUGUGUGCAUAGAGUCCUUGCAUUUCUAAGUUCAAAAUAGUAAUUUAAAUGAAAGUAGGCCAUCAUAAGGCAUUGCUAGGAAAAGGUUACUCUUGAUAGAUGAAUGUGCUGCUUUUGGUAAUAAUUAGUUUGUUAUUUAUAUUUAAACUUUGUAGGUUGGGCCUGGUGGCUCAAACCUGUAAUCCUACCAUUUUGGGAGGCCAAGGCGGGUGGAUCACUUGAGCCCAGGAGUUCGAGACCAGCUUGGGCAACAUGGUGAAACUCUGUCUCUACAAAAAAAUAAAAUAAAAUACAAAAAUUAGCCAGGCAUGGUGGCUCAUGCCUAUAGUCCCAGCUACUUGAAGUGCUGAGACAGGAGGAUCACCUGAGCCUGGCAGGCGGAGAUUGCAGUGAGCUGUGAUCACACCACUGCACUCCAGCCUGGGUGACAGAGUGAGUCCCUGACUCAAAAUAAAUAAAUAAAUAAAAUGUUUUGCCAGCAUACCUUCUGAGUACAGUUACACUCUGCCUUAUUCUUAGAUUUUACAUGUUACACAUAUUUUUGGUUCUGUGAACAGAUUAUGUAUGGCACAUUUGUAAUUGUAAACUACUUCUGCAGCUAAACAUGCGUUAUCACUCAUUUCCUCUCUCAGUGGAACUGGUAUAUAUGGACUUAUGCCAGAAUUAAAUGUUAGCAAUGAGAGAUCUACCUUUAAAAUAAUAAAAUGUGCUGGGUGCGGUGGCUCACGCCUGUAAUCCCAGCACUUUGGGAGUCUAAGGCAGGUGAUCGCUUGAGAUCAGGAGUUCGAGACCAGCCUGGACAACAUAGCGAAACCCCAUCUCUACUAAAAAUACAAAAAUUAGCCAAGCAUGGUGGUGGCCAUCUGUAGUCCCAGCUACUCAGGAGGCUGAGGCAAGAGAAUCGCUUGAACCCGGGAAGCAGAGGUUGCAGUAAGCCAAGAUCGCACCACUGCACUCCAGCCUGGGCGACUGAGCAAGACUGUGUCUCAAAAAAUUUUAAAAAUUAAAAAAUAAAAGUAAAAAUAAAUAAAAUGUACUUCAAAAUCAAAUGGAGACCAUUUCUUGAUGAUCUGGGCUGCUGUGCCUUCCUCUUCCUGCAUAUGCACAGCUAAUUGAGAAUGUGGUGUUAAAUUUGUUUUAUUAGCAGAUAAGAACUCUGUCCAUUACAUUUUUUUGCAUGUUUGAGGCCUUUUAAGGCAUAUUAUUCCUUUAUUGCUAUCUGAUCUUCAAAACAUAUCCAGAGACCUUCUUAUUACUUUUUUUUUUUUUUUUUUGAGACGGUUUCGCUCUUGUUGCCCAGGCUGGCAGGCUAGAGUGCAAUGGCACGACCUCUGCUCACUGCAACCUCCGCUUCCCAGGUUCAAGCGAUUCUCCUGCCUCAGCUUCCUGAGUAGCUGGGAUUACAGGCAUACAUCACCACACCCGGCUAAUUUUGUAUUUUUAGUAGAGACGGGGUUUAUUCAUGUUGGUCAGGCUGGUCUGGAACUCCCGACCUCAGGUGAUCUGCCUGCCUUGGCCUCCCAAAGUGCUGGGAUUAUAGGCGUGAGCCACCUUGCCCGGCUUGAUUGUGUUUUUUUAUUAGUUCAAGCCACAAUAAGAAGUUUAUUCAGUCAGCAAUCUGUUUUUGACUACUUAACCACGUGCCAGCUACAAAAAAAUAACAUGUAGCUUCAAAAGCCUCUUAAGGGGCUGGGCACAGUGGCUCACACCUGUAAUCCCAGCACUUUGGGAAGCCGAGGCUGGCAGAUCACUUGAGGUUAGGAGUUUGAGACCAGCCUGGCCAGUGUGACAAAACCCCAUCUCUACUAAAAAUACAAAAAUUAGCCAGACAUGGUGGCAGACACCUGUAAUCUCAGCUACUUGAGAGGCUGUGGCAGGAGGAUCACUUGAGCCCAGGAGCCAGAGGUUGCAAUGAGCCGAGAUCACACCACCGUACUCCAGGCUGGGUGACACAACAAGACCCCAUCUCCAAAAAAAAAAAAAAAGCCUCUUAAGGUAAAAUUUUCAUUUUUUUGAAUUCUCAGAAUACACAAUAGUUUGUUAGUGUUAGAUUACAAUUAUUUCUUAAUACCACUUAGAUCCUUCUAUGUUUUUUUAUUAAUUUUUUCUCUUUUUGGUAUCUGAGUGGGCCUUAGAGUUAGAAAAAAACUGUCUCCUGUUGGCUUGCCUUUUCUCUUUUUCCUCAAGGUCUUUAAUAUCUCCCUAGAGAUAAAAAGGAUAUAUGCCCAUUUGUUUCUGUUUUUUUCCCAAUUUGAUGAUAGAAGAAUAGGCCUUAAAAUAUUACAGGUCUUGCUAUAGGUAAAAUAACAAAAAUAGAAAAUAAAAAUAAUAAUAUAAAUGAUCUUACAUAUGUAAAUAUAAAAUAAGUUUUUAAAGACCAUGUGUUUAAGCAUUUCAUUAAGUGCUUUAAUGGAAUAUCCCAUUUUCUUAAAACAACCUUAUCUAGUAGGUAGUUACCAUCAUCAUCAUCAUCCCCAUUGCCAUUCCCAUUUUGCAGAUGAAGAAACCAAACUCAGAGGUUAAGUGACUUGGCCGUGGCCAUACAGCUACUAGAUGCUCAAGCCAGGAUACAAGCGUAGAUAGUCUGACUUCAGAAGUUUAUAUACCACAGGCUGGGGACGGUGGCUCAUGCCUGCAAUCCCAGCACUUUGGGAGGCUGAGGCAGGUGGAUCACCUGAGGUCAGGAGUUUGAGACCAGCCUGAGCAACAUGGCGAAACCCCAUCUCUACUAAAAAUACAAAAAUUAGCCAGAUGUGGUGACGCAUGCCUGUAAUCCCAGCUACUUGGGAGACUAGUUUGAACCCAGGAGGUAGAGGUAGCAUUGAGCCAAGAUCAAGCCACUGCACUCCAGCCUGGGCAACAGAGCAAGACUCUGUCUCAAAAACAAAACAAAAAAAAGUUUAUAUACCACCAAAGAACCAAAUUAAAGCUAAUAAUAAGUGAAAUUCAGGAAGAUAGUGGAAUUAUUAGUUCUCUCUUUCUUUAUGAAAGCUGCAUUACUGCUUUGAUGUAUGACAUCCAAAAUGACUGUCUUUUAUUUCAAGUUUAAAAUGUCCUCCAUGCAAGCAUACCUCUGUGCCUAUUCUAGAUUAUUAGAUAAUUAAGAUUAAAAUUAAGAUUAAGAAUAAAAUUAACUCAGGUAGAGACAGGGUCCCGUCCCUGUUAUGAUGGGGUGUGCAUGAGUGGUAGUUUUCAGAAAAGGAGGGUGUCUGCCCGCCAUCUUGAACACUCAGAUUUGCAAAGGUAAUUUGCCUCACCUGGAUGAUAAUUACUGGGUGUUGGGAUGGUAGAGGUACUCUAAAUUGGAGAAUAAAGGAAAACCUCAAAAUCUUUGGAAAGUUCAUAGCAUCGUAGAGGGUAAAAUAUAUGAAGCUUGUUUAUAAACUAAAUCAGAGCGUUAGAGAAUGAAGUGAUUAUAUGUUAGUAAACUCAGCUGUGUCCUUGUGUUGUGUGUUAAAAUUAAUAAGAGUGUGCACAGGAAAUAGAAAAUGGAGAACGAGAAACAACAAAGGAAGUAAGAUAGUCAUUCAUUUCAUUUUUCAAAGUUAAGGCUAAGCCGAAGGGUCAAAACAUGUUGUAUGGAAGAUAGGAACAGCAUGAUUUUAAGGGAAGAAUACGUGAACAAGUGAAAUAACAGUGGCCAUUUAUUAUCUGCUUACCAUGUAGUUAGCACUGUCCUAACUGCUUUUCAUUAAAUUCUCAGAACAAGUAUUAAACGUUAGACAUUAUUUUCCCUCUUUUACAAAAGGAGGAAACUGAGAGGUUAAGGAAACAAAGAGGUUAAGUUGUUUACCCAAGGACACAUAGUUACUAGUAUUAGAGCUAGUUUGAACUCAUGGAUCCAGUUCCAGAAUGCUUUUUGUGUACUAGAUAUUUAUUAAUUUAUUAGAUUAUUGUUUGCCUUAAUGUAAUUGAAUAUAUAGGUCAUUUUGCUUUGUAAUUUAAAUUAGUUUGAAUACAUAAAGUGUUUUCAUUUUCCCAGCAUAUUUCAACUUGGCUUAUCUGCUCAGUAUUCCUGGGGGAGGUACUAGGGAAAAAAACAUAACAGUAUUUGUCCUCAGAGUUUGCAGUUUGUUCUGGCAACACUCGACCACACAUAAACGGCAUAAGUACAGUAACAGGAACUUAUAAACAAGAGCAAAUUAAUGAAUUACAAAGUAGAGACAUGUCUUAAAAUGUGCCAUAGGGAAUCUUUCCAUAACUUUCUUUCUUUUUUUUUUUUUUUUUUUUUUUUACUUCUGCCCUUUAUCUUUCAUAGCGCUCUUUGGUUCCUUUUAGGUUUUUAAAGAUAAGCAGUACAUAGGCCAGGUGCAGUGGCUCGCGUCUGUAAUCCCAGCACUUUGUGAGGCUGAGGCAGGUGGCUCACAGGGUCAGGAGUUCAUCAGCCUCGCCAAGAUGGUGAGACCCCAUCUCUACUAAAAUUACAAAAAUUAGCUGGGUGUGGUGGCAGGCGUCUGUAGUCCCAGCUACUCAGGAGGCUGAGGCAGGAGAAUCGCUUGAACCCGGGAGGCGGAGGUUGCAGUGAGUUGAGUUUGCACCAUUGCACUCCAGUCUGGGCGACAGAGCAAGACUUCAUCUCAAAAAAAAAAAAAAGGAAAUACAUAGACAUUGUUAGAAAAUAACGAAAACAAAAUUAAAAUUUAAAAAUUGCUUGUAUUUUUUGCAUGAUUUUCAUCUAAACUGCAGAAAAUUGUCCGUAGGAGUUUUUACUAAUAGUAUUUUAUCUUUACCACUGAUCUAAUGGUAGAAAAAGAAAUAGAGCUCUAAGAGAGGUUUUUUUUUCUUCUUUUUAAAAGUUAUUACUUGUCUUUUGUUUACAUAGAAAAGUGUGGCUUUGGAAUAAAUUAUAUUACUCGACCCACCUCCCACAAAAGUUUUGCUUAAACCCACCCUAUAGGCUGGAAGGACUAGGAUGAAAAGGGGGAUUGCUAAUGGGUACUGGUUUAUUUUUGAGUGAUGAAAAUAUUCUAACAUUUAUUAUCAUGAGAAAUGCAGAACUCUAUACU